CCGUGGACCGCUCGUGCACCGCUCCCUCUUCCCCCUCCUCCCCUUUUCGCGGCAACCUCAGUGUCCGUCGGCGAGGUGAUAGCGCCACCAAAACCCUGAACCCCCCAACCACCGCAACCGCAAUCCCUCGCCGCCGCCGCCGCCGCGUUGGCCGGCGGCGUCCCCCGUGGGGUUUGGAGCGCGAUUGAUGAGCCCCCGCAACUGGCGCCGCAGGCAGCGAUGCACAAGAUCAUCCCCCGUGUCGCCUCCUUCCUUGACGCCCCGCCGCUGCUCUCCACCCACGUGGCCGCGCUCCGCCUAGUCGGCCCGCUGCUCGCCGCGCGUACGGGCCCAAACCCUGGCCCUCGCCUCCGCCCCACGCCGUGGCUGCGCUGCGUUGGCGCUGGCCCCGGCGCCGGCGCGAGGAGGAGGGGGCUCAGCUCUCUCGCUUCGGCGAGGCGCGGAGAUGAUGCCGAGGACGAGGAGCAGAGGAUCGCCGGGGGAGGCGGGAGCCGUCCGGUGCUGGACAGCUCGCAGAGAAGUCGGGGAGAUGCGGCGAUGGGAAGCGGGGAGCUGCUUGCCAUUCCCGGAGUUGGGCCGCGGAACCUGAGGAAGCUCGUGGACAAGGGAUUCGAUGGCGUGGCACAGCUCAAGCAGCUGUACAGGGAUAAGUUUUUUGGCAAGUCCAACGACAAAAUGGUUGAGUUCUUGCAAAAUUCUGUUGGCAUCAUACACAAGAAUCAUGCCGAGAGUAUAACUUUGUUUAUUAAAGAGAGUAUCGAUGAAGAGCUGAAAGGCACGGAUACACCUAAGCUUUCCAAGGAUAAGAGGCUGACCUUUUGUGUGGAAGGAAAUAUCAGUGUUGGGAAAACUACUUUCCUUCAGAGAAUUGCCAAUGAGACCUUCGAACUACGUGACCUUGUAGAGAUAGUACCUGAACCUAUUGCUAAAUGGCAGGAUGUUGGCCCUGACCACUUCAACAUACUUGAUGCUUUCUAUGCUGAGCCACAGAGGUAUGCAUAUACCUUCCAAAAUUAUGUGUUUGUGACUAGGGUCAUGCAAGAGAAGGAAUCUUCAAGUGGCAUAAAGCCUCUCAGGCUGAUGGAAAGAAGUGUUUUCAGUGAUAGAAUGGUUUUUGUUCGUGCUGUCCAUGAAGCCAACUGGAUGAACGAGAUGGAGAUAAGCAUCUAUGACUCCUGGUUUGACCCAGUUGUGUCAUCACUCCCAGGACUUAUUCCAGAUGGUUUUAUCUAUCUAAGAGCUAGUCCUGACACUUGCCACAAAAGAAUGAUGGUUCGGAAAAGAUCCGAAGAGGGUGGUGUUUCUCUUGAUUACCUUCAAGGUUUGCACGAGAAACAUGAGAGCUGGCUUCUUCCUUCCAAAGGACAAGGUUCUGGUGUAUUAUCGGUCAGUCAGGUUCCAGUUCAUAUGGAGGGCUCUUUGCCUCCGGAUAUAAGAGAUCGAGUAUUCUACUUGCAAGGAGAUCAUAUGCAUUCUAGUAUCCAGAAGGUUCCUGCAUUGGUCCUCGACUGUGAAAAUGACAUUGAUUUUAACAAGGAUAUUGAAGCCAAACGGCAAUAUGCCCGGCAAGUUGCAGAGUUCUUUGAGUUUGUAAAGAAAAAGAAGGAAAAUUCUUCUGCAGAGUCAAGUGAUAGUGAGAAGAGUUCCAACAAACAGAUUAUGCUUCCCCAUAGAGGUGAUCUGUGGGUUCCCGAAGGUAGCCAUUUACCAGAAUCUGCUCUGAACUCUCUGGAUUUCAGAAGAGCGAUGUCUUCCUUCCUCUCAGCUUAAGGGGUCACUAUCCCAUAUGCAACAGUUAAUUUCCGCCCAUCAUAUGUCCAUGAAGUGUCCAUCGACCAUCGUCGCAUCUGCCUCUCAGAAUAGGGCCUUUUAAAACUGACGGCCCUGCGAAUGAGGUUCCUAUCUAGCGCUAGCCAAUGCUGUACAAACGUAGCACUGUAGUAUCUUACUCCAAAUGUAGUACUGUAGUAUCGGUUCUGUCGCUGUGGUAGUAGUACCGAGAGUGCCCAAAGUUGUGUGUGUGUAUAUGUAUAUAGCUAUGAUGCUGCUUCUUUUCUUGUCUAUUCCAUGAUUUUGUCACUGGCAAUGAGUGCUCCUCCACCCGUCCGGCUGCACCUCUUGAAUGCCGAGGACGUAUCUGGUGGUCCUGGCUCCUGAGUGGCUGCCCCAGCCCACAGAAAAGGGAUAGUUGCUUAUUUCUUUGUUCGUAAAUUAUGGCCGGAGAAAAAUAUCAGUAUAGUCUACAAUUCUACAGUAUUACUGAAGUGAUGCAUGAAGCAUAGACUUUU